AUGUCACUCUUUCACAAUUUACAUCUCAACAAUGUUCACACAAUGAGAACCACCAGAGCCUUCAAGAAGGCAAAUAAUACCCCAAAUGACUCGUCUCUUUUGGAUAAGAACUUCUAUUAUCCUCAGGAAUCUAACACCAACGCUGCAAACUCCAUCACAUCACAUAAAGAUAUCAGAAACUUUGCCGAGGCCACGUUAGGAUCAGGGUCGGCAUUGGCUCAGGCAGUGAAGCUUCCUCAGGACGAAGAAUUGAAUGAAUGGCUCGCUGUCCACAUUGUUGAUUUCUAUAACCAAAUCAAUAUGUUAUAUGGGUCGAUCACCGAGUUUUGUUCUCCAAAAACUUGUCCUAGAAUGAUCGCCACCAAUGAAUACGAAUACUUGUGGCAGGGGUCAGGAAGUCUGAAGAAACCGGUGAGUGUUAGUGCUCCAGUUUACGUUGAGAAUUUGAUGAAUUGGAUCCAAGGAUUAUUUGAUGAUGAAUACGCUUUUCCGACAAAAUUGAACGCCACUUUCCCCUCCAGAUUCUUGCAAUUGGCUAAAACCAUCAUGAAGAGAUUGUUUAGAGUCUACGCGCAUAUUUACUGCCAUCAUUUCGAAGAAAUUACCGAAUUGGGAUUGCAAACACAUUUGAACACCAGCUUGAAGCAUUUUGUAUUAUUUUCAAAGGAGUUUGACUUGGUCAGUGAUAAGGACUUUGGUCCAUUGCAAGAAUUGGUGACAGUGAUGGUUCAAGAGGAAAGCAGAAAGUGA